GGGUUUUCUGCCGGAAUGUUUGCUGCUGCCUGUGGUCUCAGGCUGCAGCGUUUAGCGGAGGAGCUUUACCUAGCGUGGCACUGUACAGGCUUGGCACAGUAACAUACAGACGGGGCUGGUGAGCGGUUGGAGCCAGCAUGGCGGUGGAGGACGAGGGGCAGGGGCUGCGAGUGCUGCAGAGCGUUAGAAUCAAGAUUGGUGAGGCCAAAAACUUGCCACCUUAUCCAGGGCCAAACAAGAUGAGAGAUUGCUACUGUACCGUGAACUUGGAUCGGGAGGAAGUGUUUAGGACCAAAGUAGUUGAGAAGUCAUUAUGCCCAUUUUACGGUGAAGACUUCUACUGCGAAAUUCCACGAAGUUUUCGGCAUCUGUCGUUUUACAUUUAUGACAGAGAUGUUUUCCGUAGGGACACCAUAAUAGGAAAAGUGGCUAUUCAGAAGGAGACUUUGCAGCAGUACCAUAACAGGGAUACCUGGUUCCAGGUACAACAUGUUGAUGCUGACUCAGAAGUGCAGGGAAAGGUACAUCUGGAACUCCGACUCAAUGAAGUCAUCACAGAUGGCAGUGCCAUUUGCCAUAAGGUGGCAGCAAGGCUCAUUGAAUGCCAGGGAUUGCCGGUAGUUAAUGGACAGUGUGAUCCAUAUGCAUCUAUUACAUUAUGCGGCCCAUCAAGGUCAGAAGUUAAGAAAACCAAAGUGAAAAGGAAGACCAACAACCCACAGUUUGAUGAAGUAUUUUAUUUUGAGGUCCUAAGAAGAUCUUGGACUUUGGGACGUUCUACAUCUGUUAAGAUGUUGUACAAGAAGAGGUUUGUAGAUGCUCCGGUUACACGGUCAUCAAGCUAUAACAGAAAAUCGCACUUUGAAGUUGAAGAGGAAGACAUUGACAAGAUGGAAAUUAGAGUCGACCUUUGGAAUAAUCUGACAGUCAGGGAUGAGUUUCUUGGUGAACUUAAAAUUCCAUUAAAGGUCCUCAGGCAGUCCAGCUGUUAUGAUGCAUGGUAUUUCCUUCAGCCUAGGGACAAUGGAAAUAAGUCCAUCAAGACUGAUGACCUGGGCUCCUUGAGACUAAAUAUUGUUUACAGCGAGGACCAUGUUUUCCCUUCAGCGUACUACAACCCUUUACGGAACCUGCUGCUAAAGUCUUCAGAUAUAGAGCCUGUCUCAGCAUCUGCUGCUCAUAUAUUGGGUGAAGUGUGUCGAGAAAAACAUGAAGCUGCUGUACCUCUCGUCAGGCUUUAUUUACAUUAUGGCAAGAUCGUGCCUUUCCUCAGUGCUAUUGCAAAUGCUGAAGUUAACAGGACUCAAGAUCCAAACACGAUAUUUAGAGGAAAUUCACUGACAUCUAAAUGCAUAGAUGAAAUGAUGAAGCUAGCAGGGAUGCAUUAUUUGCGGGUUACAUUAAAACCAAUUAUUGAUGAGAUCUGUGAUGUUCAUAAACUGUGUGAAGUCGAUCCAGUGAGGUUAAAAGAUGGUGAAAAUUUAGAGACUAAUAUGGAAAAUUUGCGGCAGUAUGUUGAUCAGAUAUUUACUGCUAUCACAAAGUCUGGUGUCAUUUGCCCAACGGUUAUGUGUGAUGUCUUUUUUUCACUGAGAGAGGCAGCUGCAAAACGCUUCCAAGAUGACCUAGAUGUUCGAUACACUGCUGUGAGUAGCUUCAUUUUUCUGCGGUUCUUUGCUCCAGCUAUUCUGUCUCCAAAUCUGUUUCAACUACGUCCACAUCACCCUGAUCCACAGACAUCAAGAACAUUGACACUCAUCUCUAAGACCAUACAAACCCUGGGCAGCUUAUCAAAGUCUAAGUCGGCCAGCUUCAAAGAAUCUUACAUGGCUUUGUUUUAUGAUUACUUCAAUGAACAGAAAUACAGUGAUGCAGUAAAAAAUUUUCUAGACUUGAUAUCUUCAUCUGGAAGGAGAGACCACAAGAUGACAGAACAACCAAUAGUACUUAAAGAAGGGUUUAUGAUAAAGCGGGCCCAAGGAAGGAAAAGAUUUGGAAUGAAAAAUUUUAAGAAGAGGUGGUUCAGGCUCACUAACCACGAGUUUACUUACCAUAAAAGCAAAGGUGACCAUGCAUUGUGCAGUAUUCCCAUUGAAAAUAUCCUAGCAGCUGAGCUAUUAGAAGAAGAAUCUUUCAAGAUGAAAAAUAUGUUUCAGGUAUGUCAGCCUGAGAGAGCACUUUAUAUUCAAGCUAACAACUGUGUAGAAGCCAAGGACUGGAUUGAUAUUUUGACCAAAGUCAGUCAGUGCAAUCAAAAACGUCUCACUGUGUAUCAUCCUUCAGCGUACCUCAAUGGACACUGGUUGUGCUGCAAAGCAGUUUCCGAAGCCACUCCGGGCUGUAGUCCGUGCACUGGAGGGUUGCCUGCCAAUAUACAACUAGACGUCGAUGGUGACAGAGAAACAGAGCGCAUCUACUCCCUUUUCAACAUGUACAUGACUAAGCUGGAGAACAUGCAAGAGGCCUGUGGCACCAAAUCUGUCUACGCUGGGCCUGAGCAAGAGGAAUAUUCUACCUUCAUCAUUGAUGACCCUCAGCAGACUUACAAAACACUAAGACAAAUAAUUGAAGCUGUUCAAACCCUAGAACAGGAGCACGCACAGUACAAGAAGGACAAAUUCCAGAAGACAAGAUACGGAAGCCAGGAGCAUCCAAUAGGAGACCAGAGUUUUCAGACUUACAUCCGACAGCAUUCGGAGUGCUCAACACAUUCCAUCUAACUUUCAAAGACAAUACAGACAAUGUAAAAAAGGGUCAGUUGAAAAUGAGGCUACAUCAAAGGGAAACCCCAUGUGUUGUAACGUGUAAAGAAACGGUGUCAAGCUUGCAAACCUUUUGUGACUCAUCAAGUGUUUCUUUCCCCACAAACUGUUACAGUAGCUGCCGUGCACUUUAGUCAUCUGAGCUAAAACAGAUGAUGAUAAAUCCUUUUGCCUUUUAGGUAAUAUUAUUAACUUGCUUUUUCAUUUUUAGUGAUCAGUUCAAUGAUCACAAUCUAAGGAACCUAGACAAAGGACUUCGGUGUGAUGUUCUUCUGUGGCUUUUGAGAGCCAGCACAUUUUUGAAGGACUGCACUAGCAUUCUGCUGUGCAAAGAAAGCAAGUACUGUACGCUGUGGCAUGAACCAUUUACAGGAAUCUUGUCUUGCUCUUGCACUUAAAAGAUAUUUUCAGCCAGUUGCUUUGCAAAUCAUUUUCCACUGCAGCUAAAAUAUCUUUCAGCUGUUAAUUGGAUGCCAUGGUGAAGUCAUGCAACCUGCAUUCAAAUUCUAGAGAUGUACAUAUGAAAAAAAAAUGUCAGAGAUGGUAUAUAUAUCAUGUUUCCUGUUUAGUUAGUCCAGUUCACUGGUAAUUAUAUGUUGUUCCAUAGGUGUUAUUAGAAAUAGAAGCAUUUCUACUUUUGCCUAGAUUUCAAGUCAGUGUGAUACUGUUCCAGUUGAAAACAAAUGUUGUGACUGUUUUAUGACAUAGAACUUGUUUAACCUUGUGUUUUGUCUUUUUUUCUUGUGGAACACACAAGAAUGCCUUUUUGGUGAAACCAUACCACAGUUAGUUUUGCAUUGCGAUUAUUGAGCUCAGUUAAGUGCCAAUUUUUACCAAAAGGGAAAUCGCCACAAAGUCUGUAACACUUUUCAGAAAUAAGCCAGGUCUGAUUAGUACAAGGUGUAGAGUAUUUCUGAAUAUUGAUCUUACAUGAAGUGGAAAGAAAAGGACCUUCACCCCUCCACUCUUUCCACCAUCAGGGAGUGUUUUGGAAUAAAGUGCUUAGUACCAGAAAGUG